CAGAACUAGAUCAUGCACUUGAGCUCGCAAUGAGCCAAUUUGACUCGGACAAUCUUUUCCAGCGAAUGCUCUGUUUUGAUUCAGCCAUUCAGAUGCUGAAAACUGCCAACAGAAUCGUCAUAUCGCGACCUCAGGUCGGUGAUGGCAAUGAGGUCGCUGCCAAGAACGAGGACGUCCCACUGUCCGUCGGCGAAGUGGAUGAGUUGGUACGGAAAUUUGAGGGGCUCCAGACUGCAGCGCGACAAGAGUUCAACUUGCACGCUCGUCCGCUGCUCCGAAAGCUCUGCCUCUUGGACCUCCCAGAUGAGCUGCUGCUCGAGAUCUUCGACUGUUUCAAAGGCUGGGUCGAUUCAGACCAAGUGUUCUACCACCUCGACUUGGGGGUGGACACUAGGUCCAUCCAGAACUCAAGGCUUACUUGCCGUCGACUCUGCGACAUCAGCUCCCAUUUGCUGAUUCCCUGCGUCUAUGUGAGCCCAACUCGGUCAUCUCUCGAGUUUCUCGAACAGGUGGCAAGCCACCCGAAAAUUUCUCGAGGACCUCGGGUCUUCAGAAUAGAUGCAAGUUUUUACGGCGCAGGCAUCGCCAGCGACAUGCGGCGCUUUGCUAGAAGGUGGUCACGGGAUGUCCGACGGUUAAUCCACGGCAUUGAGCAGGAGAUUAGUGAAGAGAACGACGAUGACGGCACUCCUUAUGACAGCGAUCCUGAUGGCAUUGAUUGGCGAGAAGGUCUGCGAGCCGAUGUCGAAUCAUACCGCCGCAUGCUCUCUUCUUGGGAGCCGUUCAGGUCCGGUGAACAUGUCAGCCAAGACACCCAGCUCGAUGCGGCCGCUCUGGCUCUUGUCAAGGGCCACGAACGCUACUGUGAACUCUUUGAGCAGCAAGAAAAGAUCCUGAGGGACGGGCUCUUUUCGCGCAAAAUUGCUGAGGCCGCGGCACGUAGUCGAAACCCCGCCGUUGUGGCGCCUGCGCCUUACAUAUCCAGAUUUGCCAACUGA